AAAAAGGCGACUCCAACGUUAUAUUCCUGACGGUGUGUGUGAUCGUUGUCUUUUUAGCAGGGAUGCAAGAAACCGCGGCAUUCCCCACCUGGAGGUUUGAGAAGCUCAUCCCUCCGGGGUCUUGAUGAUUGCAAUUCGUAAAGACGCUCGCUUUCAUGUGCUUCACCUCUCCCGGAACAAGCGCUACACCCUCACUCCAGAGAAGCUGAAAUGGGACAAAUUCAAGCUUACUUACAAGUUGUUGUCAUUCCCUCGCAACCUGAUGAAUGUCACCGACGUGCGGAGGGGUUUUGCUAAGGCGUUUGGCAUGUGGAGCGACGUGUCGCCCUUCAGUUUCCGAGAAGUCCCCAUCGACCAGGACGCCGACAUCAAGAUAGGCUUUUACCCCAUCAACCACACAGACUGCUUGCAGUCCUACUUGCACCACUGCUUUGACGGCAUCACUGGCGAGCUGGCCCACGCCUUCUUCCCCCCGAACGGGGAGAUCCACUUUGACGACGACGAGUACUGGAUUCUGGGAAACAUGCGCUUCAGCUGGAAGAAAGGGGUGUGGCUGACAGACCUGGUCCAUGUGGCGGCACAUGAGAUCGGCCACGUCCUGGGCCUGAUGCACUCUCUGAACCCCACGGCCAUCAUGCACCUCAACGCCACCCUGACGGGACGCAAGCUCAUCACGCAGGACGACGUGUGGGGCCUGCACCGGCUCUACGGAUGUUUGGACAGGCUGUUUAUCUGUCCCGCCUGGGCUCGGAAGGGCUAUUGCGACAGCAAGCGCAAGUUGAUGCAGAAACACUGUCCGUCCAGCUGCGAUUUCUGUUAUGAGUUUCCUUUCCCCACCGCUGUCCCAACCCCCAUCCCCCCCAGGACCAAGCACAAGCUGGUGGCAGAGGGCAGAAAGCUGACCUUCCGCUGCGGGAAGAAGGUGGCUGCGAAGAAAGGCAAAGUGUACUGGUAUAAAGAUGGGGAGCUUCUGGAGUUCUCUCACCCCGGGUACAUCUCCCUGAAGGACGACCACAUCAGCAUCGUGGCCAACGCCAUCAACGAGGGCACAUACACCUGCAUCGUGAGGAAGAAGAAAAAAGUGCUCACCAACUUUUCCUGGAGGGUACGGGUACGAUUCUGAAGGCACAGAGACAUGUUGUCACACUCACCUCCCACGGUGGACAGACCGAGACCUCACUUCAGCUGGGCA